CCAAUCAUAUCGCAGCAUUUACUAUGCACCGCCCAUCUCUACUCCCAUUGGGCCAGCGGAUUUCCAAUGGCAACGCGCAGUGUUGUGGAAGUGUCUGGUCGGCGUCCAUUCAUCCUGUGCUCUGAUUGGUUGGCUUAGUGUCAGAGCGGAGAGUAGUAAGAUGGCGUCAAUGGGCUUACGGAGUGUCGGGAUUUGUGGCCGGUCGGGGGUCUCGUGGACUGCUGUCAUCCCGUUGUUGGCCGUGUGGUUGUAUGUUGUGACUGCCGACCAGACGGACGACUAUCUGAAGAGGGAGCACUCACUGAGUAAGCCCUAUCAGGGGGUGGGCUCUUCACCUUCAUCACUAUGGGACUUGAGUGGCAAUGUGCUGGUUACUCCUCAAUAUGUCCGCCUGACCCCAGACUUACAAAGCAAACAAGGAGCUGUGUGGAAUCGUAUGCCCUGCUACCUACGGGAUUGGGAGCUACAGGUUCAUUUCAAAGUCCAUGGACAGGGCAAGAAAAAUCUAAACGGUGAUGGCUUUGCCCUCUGGUUCACCAAGGAUCGAAUGCAAGCAGGUUCUGUGUUUGGAAGUAAAGAUAAUUUUGUAGGUCUUGGAGUAUUUGUGGACACCUACCCGAAUGAGGAGAAGCAGCAUGAAAAAAGGUACUCCGCAGGGAAUCAGCGUAUAUAUCCAUAUGUGUCAGCAAUGGUGAGCAAUGGAUCUUUGACAUAUGAUCACAGCCGUGAUGGUCGUCCUACUGAGCUUGGGGGAUGCACAGCUAUGGUUAGAAAUCUCAACCAUGAUACUUUCCUUGUCAUACGCUAUGUAAAGCGCAGGCUCACGAUCAUGCUUGACAUUGAUGGAAAGCAGGAAUGGAGGGACUGUCUGGAUGUACCUGGUGUACGCUUGCCCCGUGGAUACUACUUUGGAGCUUCAGCAGCCACUGGAGAUCUUUCAGACAACCAUGACAUCAUCUCUCUGAAAGUGUACCAGAUCAGUGUGGAGCGCACGCCCGGAGAGGAGAAGUUGGACAAGGAAGUUUUCAUUCCAAGUGUAGACAACAUGAAGCUGCCGGGAGUGGAUGAUCCGGCUGAAUCCAUGAGUGGAUUAGCUCUCUUUCUUAUCAUCUUUUUCUCGUUGGUCGGAGUGGUCUUCGCGAGUGUUAUACUUCUCAUUGUAUACAACAAGUGGCAGGAAAGAAGCCGGAAGCAUUUCUACUGAGUCCAUUGCCUCUUGUUCUGCCUUUUGUGCGCUGAUGAGACUUUGCAGACAUUGUCGCAGGUGGAGAGUCAUUCUGUGAAUGGGUCAGGAUAGGAAUCAUUCUUAGCUUGUCACAAAAGAUGUAGCAGAAUUCACUCUUGGUUGUUUUAAACACUGUUUUUUUUAUUUUGUAAGCUGCUACCGAAGACGUAUCUAUCUGUAACAGAUCCAUGACGUUUUCUUAUUUAUGACUGCCUGAAUUUCUGCUCGUCACCUACACACAGUGGUGGCAGCCAGGUUGUUGGGUAAACCAGUCAUUGGGUAUCCUGUCUAUAGGUUUCUUAUUGCCUUAUGCCAGUGUUUCCCAUUCUGGGUGCCUCCAGAUGUUGCAAAACUACAACUCCCAGUAUGCCUGGACAGCCGAAGGCUGUCCAGGCAUGCUGGAAGUUGUAGUUUUGCAACAUCUUGAGGCACCCUGGUUGGGAAACAGUGCCUUAUGCUGUAAUGAUGACAUUACUACACAUUGAUACCUGAAUACUGGGUAUGUCCAUAUACUAGCUGCCUCUGUUGUGUGUAGGUAAAUUAUUGAAGAACAAGCAGAAUGUACAUUGCCCUAUUGUCCUAUCAGUCUCUGUACAUUGUUUUUAUAACACGUUCAUUCUGAUCACACAGAAUUUCUAUGUAUCAUUCAUGUGCAUGGUCUGUUAAAGGGAUACUCCGGUGGAAAACUUUAUUUUAUUUUUUUAUUUUUUUAAAUCAACUGGUGCCGGAAAGUUAAACAGAUAUGUAAAUUA